CCUAAACACAGUGCAUCUGCCUGCAGCCCGACCGCAGCCUGCCUGCAGCCUGCCCGCAGCGCCCCUGGACUCAGGAUCUGGCCCCGCUCCCCAGCCAUGCUGCUGCUCCUGCUGCUCCUGGAGGUCACCCUGCUGCGCCUGGCCAGUGGCUUCCACCACCCCUUCUACAACGGCUUCUACUACAACCACAUCAUGAAUGACAACAGCAAUGGGGAGGAGAAAGAGUCUUACUUCAAUGGAGCCAGACUGGUGGUGGAGACGUCCAAAGACCCCGUCUACAGCUUGAACACUGCCAACGUCACCCUCCCCUGCCACUACCGCUACGAGCCCGACCAGGAAGCCAAGCGCAAGAUCCGCAUCAAGUGGUCCAAGCUGCGGGACGACCACACCAAGGAGCAGGACGUGCUGGUGGCCAUCGGCAAGAUCUAUGUGGCCUUUGGGGACUUCCGUGGCCGCGCUCACCUGCGCCAGGCCGGCCGGCGUGAGGCCUCGCUGCUCAUCAGCGACGUGCGCCUGCAGGACGAUGGCAAAUACCGCUGCGAGGUCAUCGACGGGCUGGAGGAUGAGAGCAACGUGGUGGAGCUCCGGCUGCAAGGUAUCGUGUUCCCCUACCAGCCUCCCGGCGGGCAGUACAGGCUCAACUUCCACGAAGCCGAGCAAGUGUGCCAGCAGCAGGGUGCCGUCCUCGCCAGCUUCAACCAGCUCUACGAGGUGUGGAGCGAGGGGCUGGACUGGUGCAAUGCGGGCUGGCUGGCUGACGGCACCGUGCAGUACCCCAUCCGCCUGCCCCGCCAGCCCUGCGGUGGGGUGCACCUCGCCCCGGGCAUCCGCAGCUACGGCCCACGCCACCGGCACCUGCACCGCUUCGAUGCCUUCUGCUUCUCCUCUGCGCUCAGAGGAGAAGUCUUCUACCUGGAUCGUCCUGAAGGGAUGACGCUGGAAGAGGCCAAGCAGAGCUGCCAGGAUGCAGGGGCUGAGAUUGCCCGUGUUGGGCACCUCUACUCCGCCUGGAAGUUCCUGGGUCUGGACCGCUGCAGCGCGGGCUGGCUGGCAGACGGCAGCGUCCGCUACCCCAUUGCCGAGCCCCGACCCAACUGUGGCACCACGGAGCCCGGUGUCCGCAGCUUCGGCUUCCCCACCAAGGGCAGGUUUGGGGUCUUUUGCUACAAGGAGAGAUAAGGAGCUGGGAGGGCUUCUUCUUGGCCAGAGGAUGUUCCCAGCCUGACGGUGCCUGGCAUCGGGUGUUUCCCAAGACUGUUGGAGGUGACUGGGGGGAGGUGGGGUUGGGGGGAAGGCUUCUUUUUGUUUUAUUUCCUUUGUGUUUUCCACAUCUUGCUGAGCAGCCAGCACGUGCAGCUGCCUGGGACUGUCCCUGGCAUGGAGUGCGCACGAGGGUGAUCCCCACGGGCUGUUGCCACUCUGCUUGGCCCCUGCCACCCAUUGGGUUGUGACGCCGUCCCGCAGUGGCAGUGGGUCACCAACACCCGCCUGCCCUCCCAGGCUGGUCCUGCCCCUGAGCUCGCAGGGGGGAGCCAGGCGAGGCUGCCUUCUGGCAGAGGCAGAGUGUGGGUGCCUCUGCUGCAUCCUGGCCGCUCUUCCAGCCCUGUGCCCACCCCAGGGAAGGAUGCCAUCGUGCCUGUCCCCACGGGAGUGCCAGUGCCUUAUCUCCAUGCGCCCCUCACCUGGACACCACUUGAACUCUGGUGCCUUCUUCUUCGAGUGUUUGGUUACAAAAAGAUGUAUUUUCCUGGACGUCUUCUAAUAAAUCAG